AUGCUUAGCGUCGUCGAGCCUGAGCCUGAGCCUGAGAACGAGACGCUUGAUGACUAUUACGCGACCCUUCGUGUCUCAAUCAACGACUCAACAGAGACCAUCACAAACAGUUUCCUUUACCUCCAAUCCGAAUUCGAGCCGAGCCGAUGUCUAAAUUGGCCGGAGAGCACGGCUGUCUUGGAAAACCUUGUGGAAGCACACAACACACUCAGUGACCCCAGAUUGCGACGCGAGUAUGACGCCAAAUGGAUGCGCCGUCGACACCGCUAUCGAACUCCACAAACCUGGAUGGCGCCGGUACAUGCGACUUACUCUCAGAAGCGUCCACUCACGGCCAAGCAGCUUGCCAUCAAGGCGGCGAGAAAGGAGCGCUUGGAAGCUCUGGCAACCCAGAUCAACAGAAAUGACCAACAGAUUGUGCAUGGCCGGAUAAAGCUCGAGGAAAUAAUGGCAGGGGCCAAGAUCCUACAAGCCCAGUUUGACAAGAUUCAUGACAACCUCCACAGUGUCCCUGUCCCCAAGGCUAGAUGGCGGCGCAUCUUCAAACCAUCGCCGACCCCGAAGUCGAAUGAGGAAUUACAGGAACAGAAACUCGCCAACAAGCAGGAACUGAUGCAGAUCUAUGGGGAUUUGUCCAACAUGAAAGCUGAGAUGGACAUGACGAGGACAAUGCUAGAUUCUGUCGGACGACGAGCGAAGACAGUCAUUGAGGACUACACCACGGUUCUACAGGAAGAGAUGAAAGAGCGGAUGGAUGAUGGAAGUGACCCGACGCAUCGGCCUGAGAUGUUCUCGCUGGCAGUCUGGCUCGACAACCUCGGAUCCGCGCAGAAAGCUCGGAUAAAGGCACAGCAGGUUUCAGAGACUAUUGGCGCUUAUGGCGACAGACUGUAG